AUGAAGACGAGUACCAUUGUCGCGUCCGCCUUGGCACUGCCCACCGUGGUCGGUGCCAAGCCCUACGUCACGUCGGACAAGCUACAGGAGCAGGUCAAGCUCGACAACCUCGUAGCCUCAUCCCAAAAGCUCCAGGAUAUUGCCGAUGAGAAUGGCGGACACCGCGCCUUUGGCAGUACAGGCCACAAUGCCACAGUCGACUUCAUCUACGAGACGCUCAGCAAGACUGGCUACUACGACGUCGUGAAGCAGCCCUUCACCGAGACGUACUCGAGCGCCGACGGCAAUCUGACCGUUGACGGCGCAAGUGUCGAGUCCGCGCCCCUGACGUACACGCCCAGCGGUAACGCUACCGCCACGGUCGUCCUCGUCAACAACCUCGGCUGCACCGGCGCCGACUACCCGACCGCGGUCGAGGGUGCCAUUGCCCUCAUCUCCCGAGGCGAGUGCCAGUUCAGUGCCAAGUCCACCUUUGCCAAGGCUGCCGGUGCCGUGGGUGCCAUCGUCUACAACAAUGAGGAGGGCCUGGUCGCCGGAACGCUUGGCUCCGUCAGCGGUGACUAUGCUCCCAUUGUCGGCAUCUCCAAGAAGGAUGGAGAGGACCUCAUCGCCAAGCUCGAGGUCGAAGGGGAGAUCCAGGCUACCCUCUUUGUCGAUGCUGUCAACGAGGAGCGCGUCACUUACAAUGUUCUUGCCGAAACCAAGCAGGGUGAUCAUGACAAUGUUCUCGUCCUCGGCGGUCACAGUGACUCGGUCCCCGCUGGUCCUGGAAUCAACGACGACGGUUCCGGCAUUGUCGGCAUUCUCGAUGUCGCUCUCGGCCUCACCAAGUUCCGCGUCAAGAACGCUGUCCGCUUCGGCUUCUGGAGUGCUGAGGAGUUUGGACUCCUAGGCUCGUACCACUACAUCAAGUCCGUCAACUCGUCCGACGUUGAGCUGGCCAAGAUCCGCGCCUACCUCAACUUUGACAUGAUUGCAAGCCCCAACUACGUCUACGGAAUCUAUGAUGGCGACGGUGACGCCUUCAACCUGACCGGACCCGCCGGCUCAGCCGCCAUCGAAAAGGACUUUGAGGACUUUUUCACGGCCAACGGCGCCCCAUUUGUCCCUUCCGAGUUUAGCGGCCGCUCCGACUACGCCGGCUUCAUCGAGAACGGCAUCCCAUCCGGAGGUCUGUUCACCGGCGCCGAAGACGUCAAGACGAGCAAGGAGGCCGAGCUUUUCGGCGGUGAGGCCGGCGUGGCCUACGACGUCAACUACCACGCCGUCGGAGACACCAUCGACAACCUCAACCUCGAGGCAUUCCUCCUCAACACCAAGAGCAUUGCCAACUCUGUAGCCAAGUACGCCACCAGCUUCGAUGGCCUCGCUCCCGUCGACGUCUCCAAGCGCGGCUGGUCGGACAUGCACUCCAGGGCCUUGAACCUGAGGCGCUCCAUCGCCAAUGCUCAUUCUUCUGGACACAGUCAUUCUGGACCCUGCGGAGGAGCCGUUUCCAUCUGA